CGGAGAAGCACCCGGGCCCUCCCUGGUGCCUCUGCUGCAGCGUCGCUUCCUGACGGGGCCCACGGUGCAGGCAGAGACAUGGGGGAUGUGGAGUGAAGUGUUUCCUGGGGACUUGAGGCCAGGAGGUCUGGUGGACCAGCAUCCCACGACCGUGGGCCCCAGCUCCCACCCCCCAGUCACCCUCAAACCCGCAGCUCAGCAGGGAGGAGCCUUGAGCAGACGGACAGACACACCGUGGGAGGAGACGGCAUUAGACCAGGAAGGAGACCCAGGAGAACGGAAACCGGACGUUCAGUCAGCUAAAGGACGACAGAGAAGGACUCCUCCCCAGCUCACGGGGAGACCACAGCUUCCCGAGGGAGCCCCUGCUGGGGGGGGCUGGCUUGGACCCGCCGGCCUCCCGGGAUUGCACCACCUGCCGGGUGCUCCCUCCUUGUCCCUGGAACACAGCCUCCGGGGUGCAGAGUGCCCGCCGGGGGAGUACAUGCUUCUGAGUGACGCGGUGGCACAUGUGGGCAAAGCCGCCAGCGCCUCGCCAGCAGGGCCUGCAUCCUUCCCACCUGCUGCAUGUCAUCCAAGCCUGCCGGGUGGCACUUGUUAGGGUUGCACAACGUUGCCACAAACACGGUGUCCCUCCCGUCCACGCUGGAGUGGGAAUUCCCACAGCCCCAGCCCGCCCGUCGUGACUGACGAUGCUGCCAGAGCAGCCGGCCCCGUUUCCUUCGUCACUGCCCACCGCCGCUGACCCGCGCAUGCUGGCCGAGCCCCGCGGUGGCAGACGCUCCCCUCCCUCGCCGCUGUGAGCCCAGCACCCAGCAUGGCGGCGGGCCACGCGGACGGUCGGGAAUUGAUGGGUGACUCGGCUUGUUCCCCUUUCCCCAUGUUCUCGUCCCACCAGGCAGGGUGCUGCAGGCCUGGCUCCGCCUCCUCCCGGGGGCGGGCUGGCUCCUCACGGCGCCCUGGAGCCUGGGAGACAGACGGCUGUGUGAGCCGCGAGGAUGUCUCCUCGUCCUGGGCACUCUUCCCUACGUGGCGCCCCCACCUGCCCGGCCCCACUCGGGGUCUCACCGACUCGCCGCAGCCACGGUCUCCCACUCCAUCUGCGCGGCUCCAAGGUCGGUGGAGGGGGGUACGGGGAGCAGGGCCACCUGCCCACACCCACCGUUGCAGCGCCAGCACCGGGCAGGUCAUCUCCCACUCGUCCACCCCAGGAACUGCCAGGCUGAGAGGGGUCUGGGUGCGUUUCUUCACUUUGAGACAGCCUACAGGACCAAGAGCCCGGCUGCGCCAUGUGGAGCUGUGGCGUGCUCAACGGCACGGGCAGGGGCGAGGACCAGCUCCUCUGCCCGCACUCCCACCUGGUCCUGUCCGUCCUCUCCCUGCUCUGCCUCGUUGUUGGCGUCCCGGUCGGCCUGGGCUACAACGCCCUGCUGGUCCUGGUGAACCUGUGCGACCAGAGCAGCAUGACCAUGCCCGAUGUCUACUUCGUGAACAUGGCCGUGGCAGGCCUGGUCCUCAGCGCCCUGGCGCCCGUGCACCUGCUGGGCCCCAUGGCCUCCGGGUGGGCACUGUGGGGCUUCAGCAGCGAGGUCCACGUCACGCUGCUGGUGCUGUUCAACGUCUGCUCGCUGGUGACCAUGUACUCCACGGCCCUGCUCUGCCUGGACUGCUACAUCGAGCGGGCCCUGCCGCGCACCUACAUGUCCAGCGUCUACAACACCAGGCAUGUGUGCGGCUUCGUCUGGGGCGGGGCGCUGCUCACCAGCUUCUCCUCCCUGCUGUUCUACAUCUGCAGCCACGUGGCGGCCAGGAUCGUCGAGUGCUCCAGGAUGCAGAACGCCGAGGCCGCCGACGCCAUCCUGGUGUUCAUUGGGUACCUGGUGCCCGCCAUGGCCGUGCUCUACGCCCUCGUGCUCAUCUCGCGGAUCCGGAAGGAGGACACGCCCCUCGACCAGGAUGCAGGGAGGCUGGACCCCUCGGUGCACAGGCUGCUGGUGGCCACCGUGUGCACACAGUUUGGCCUCUGGACGCCACACUACCUGACCCUCCUGGGGCACACGCUCCUCACCGCUCGGGGGAAGCCCGUGGACGGGCACGACCUGGGGAUACUGCUCUUCGCCAAGGAUUUGUCGCGACUGUUGGCCUUCUCCAGCAGCCCCGUGAUGCCGCUGCUUUACCGCUACAUGAACAGAAACUUCCCCAGCAAACUCCAGCGGCUGAUAAAGAAGAUGCACUGCAGGCACCAGAGCUGCUCUGUGGACCACGCCGGGGCACAGCAGCGGUCGGCGUAGACGGCAGCUCCGCGGGCACGGCCGCCCUGAGUGCCGGUCCUGGGGGCCACCGCCAGUGCCCACUGCGGGGCCAGCCGACAGGUGCCCCGGUGCGCGCCCUGGAGGCACAGUGUGCAGGCACCGAGCCCCAGCCCGUCGCCCCCUCCCUCCCGGGUCCCAAGUCCUGGGGGGAGGUGGCCGCAUCUCGCCUGGACGCAGCACUUUGUCAUGGGCACGCUGCUGCUCUCCCAGUGGAGAGCGCUGAGGCAAGAACAGGACGAGGCCCGUUCUCUUCAAGUUCUCCGGGUUUUUCCAAAAAAGGCCAUGGCCGUGCUGUUCAAGGCAACAGGUGCCUGGUGUACAGACAAACUGUACUCUCCCACGCGACAUUCAGGGCCGCACCCUCACCAACCUACUACCUUCAGGCUCCUCCACGUUGGGCUUCCUACACAACGGGAUGGAAAGUUAAAGCCAGUAUUUAUGCUUUGUUUCUAGUGUUAAAAUACUUGAUUCCCCCCUUAUUUUUUUUGUUUGUUUAUAAAGAGAGAUUUGAUAGCAGAGUCACGAAGUAUGAAAAUGGAGGAAACAAUACAAAAGAACACGCACAUCGGACUGGGUGGGUGGCUGUGCUCCCGAGGAGUUGGUUUGUGGUUUGUGGAGGAGGCUGGGGCUGCACGGGGCACUGAGGACAGGCCUCCAAGAACCGGCCCGCGUCACAUGCAGGGGAGUGUCAGGACAUGUCAGAGAGGAAGGAGGAGUCCAAGACGCGGCUGUCAUCACCGGGAGCAGUCAAGUAGCGCUCGCAGCUCGCCCACUCAGCGCACCUGCAGCCUCGGCUGCCCUUCCGGGAGCGUCCGCUGACUUGUGUUCAGUAUCGAUCUGUCCUUCCAGAUCACUCCCCAGAGGGCACCCGAAACUAAAGAUAAAUAAACUGAAGGAAAACCCACAAACGCUGGAAGGGGCUGCCCAGUGGGGAGAUCUGCGGGGCUGAGUACCCUCUGGCGUCUGGUCCAGAGUGGGGGCCACAGGAGGCAUCCCGGCUCCCUGAGAACGAAAUGUCAUCGACACCUGUUGGGUCCUCGUUAACUGACACUGCAGGGGACCUAAGCUGGGCCUGUUUCACCGGGAGGAGCUGGGUGGGCGUCAGGAGGAAGGUAAACACGGGGGUGGGGGGGGUGCAGGAGCCGCAGCCCCCUCCCUCCCACCACGUCUGCGCCAGCGGAGGGCCCUCCGUCAACCUAGAUCCUUCUGCCGCCCUGCGUUCUGCAGACAUCUACUUCAAACACGUGGGACUGAAAGAACCUCCUUUUCUCCACACCAGCCCUAGCCUUUAUGAUUAAAUCACAGGCCUGCAACCCUCUGAUCCCCAAUUCCGAAACCCAAAAAGCUCUAAAAACAAAGAUUUCCCUCCCCAGGUUUGCAGCAAAUUCAUUUGGCAGCAUGCCCUGGCCUGAGUGCCCCGAGGGCACCUUGCUGAGGGGAGAUGAGUGGGAUUACGGGGCGCCCCAGCCCCCAUGUUCCAUAAGACACAGUGUACACAGCAUCCUAACUUCUGCCCGCCUGACGGCCUCUGAGUUCUGGCACACCUGGCCCCCAGGAUAAGGGUGGCUCUCUGUGGCAUGCCACACGGGGGAACCACCCCACCUGGUCCUAGUCUCUUGGAGAAUUUAGCCCACUGGCCAGCUGUCAUUUUACCACCCCUCCAGGACGCUGUGCCCCAGUCGAGUCUGCCUGUGCAGAAUCGUGAUGAUACACUGGAUGCCAGGGCCCUGGUCCCCCUGCCCCUGGCGGCUGACACUAGACAGCUUCUGUGGAGCUGUCUGCUUCCUCGCCAGGAAAGCUCAGGGUGAAUGACAGAAGCUCCUGGGUUGCGUCUGUUGGUGAAUGUGCUGUUCCCACUUAAGGGCUCAGCCACCCCUCUGCUGUCCCGGUUGCCAGGUGUGCCAGGAUUUCCCCUCAAGCCCUGAAAGCCUCAGGCCUGACCCCGACUCCUCAAGCACACGGCCCUGUGGAGAGUCCGUUUCUCUGAGGAAUGAGCCCAGGGCUGCAAGGCAGGGGGUCCCGUGUCGGUGCCCCCUUGAGAACCCUGGUGUUGGCUGACGGGGUGACAAGUGUGGUUCCAGAGUCCCCAGCACAGCAAGGGACUCUGACUUCGACACAGCUGCUGCUCAGUCUGUGGUUCCCAGCUGGCCGAGCAGACCUGGGGCCAAGGUCAGGCCAAGGUCUCCCUCCCAGAGCCUGGUGCCCUUAGGGGCACGGGAUCUGGUGGGUGGGCUGGUCUGUGGUGGCGAAGUCGGGUUUAAAAUGGACAGACUCCUGUCCUUGCUGAUCCCUUGCUCCAGGACAAAGCUCCUGGGAACGGCGCAAUUCUGAAAGCACAGAGCAGAGGCACUGGUCUCUGCCCACGGCCGAGACCCCGCAGCCCCGCCGUCGUCCCCAGAUGGAGGCGGCAGCCUACACUCACUUGUUUCUUUCCCAUCGCUCCGUGGCUUUGGUUGCAAACUGGCCAGCUAGUCUCUGGGGGCCUGGGAGGGUCGUGCCGGGGCAGCCAUGCAUUUCUCUGCCCCGCCCCCUGUCCAGUGCCCACCUCUGCUGGUGACAGAGGGGUCCCAGGGACACGUUGGCAGCCUGGUCGGCUCUUCCCAGUGGAGCACAAGCCCGGUGCAGACCCUCGUCUCUAACUGAGACCCUGCACUGCUGACGCUAUGCCUGGGGUCCCAUCUCCCACGAGGGUCAAACCCAGGCGCCUGUGCCUCCGCCCUCCCCUUCCCGCUGGGACAGCUCGGCCACUAACCCAACAUGGGCCCAUGGGCGUUCUUGGGCCAAAUUCGUCUGGGACUGGCAUUUCUCUUACUUCCCCGGGAUGUCUGAUUCUCAGUACUUCUGCCACAUUGCCAAAAAAAUGGACAGGAUUUUGAGCUACUCAGAGAAGAAUGAGGAGCUAUCUGGAAAAAGCCAAGGUAGACUGUGAACUCAGUCCUAACUUUUUAAAUUGACCAAUCCUGUAUUUCUUCAAGUGAGUUUACAAGAUACCAGGAUAAAAGUUUUUCAGUUUAUGUUCCAAAGUCACUGAUUUUGCUACCCACACUUCUUGACUGUUAUAAUUUUAAAAUUAAUGCUCUUAUUUUUGUUAAUCUACAAAAACUCAUCUACCUUGAGAUGCUUCUUUCUUUAAAAGAUUCCAAAAGGUGAGUUUAAUCUUGGGUUUACUUAACGAAGGUUAUAAAAUUUAUUAUAGGAAACUGGAUCUAUUGCUAAUUGUGGCAGAUAGAUCAAGAAAUCAACAAAUAUAUGUUCCUUUCUAAAAAUCACCUGACAAAGGAUAAACCAGAAAUAAAUUACUGAGAAGUUAAAUUACAUGCCAAAUUCUUGAAUUUAAAACCACGUUGGAAAAUUUGGGGGCCUUCUCAUUUCUAAUCUGUUAAUCCUGCCCCAGGGGCUGCACCUGUUUGCCUGAAGUUCUGUAAAUAUGAGAAAGAAGCAGCUGCUGAAGAAAAAACAUACACAUUUGAAGGCUAUUAAAUUAUUUGAUACCUAUGAUCCAAUUUCUGAAUUCUUAAAAUGUGCAUGUCCAGGGGUGUGUGAUGUAUAUCAGAAAACAGCACAGAAGUAGCAUGAAACUGGUAUUUCCCCCAUAACGAGAGUCUCAGCACCCUUACUCCCCUCUCUGCAGUUGCUCCGUGCCAGAGUCCUGUCCAUUAGCCAGCAUCGUUCUGUUCCAUGCGGGCCCCGCGCCUGCUGCUGCCCUGUGACCGGCAGUCCUUGCUGGUGACCCAGGGCUCGGGCUCAGACACGUGCCAGUGGUCAGCCUCGGGGGCGAGUCCAGGAGCAGCCCCCCACUCCUGCAGAUGCUCCUCUUCCCCGAGAACACAAAGUUUAAAACUACUGACUGCAGCCCGCGGGCUUCGGGGAGAGCAGACGGUGGGUGUCCUGGUGGCUCCAGGGGGGGUCCCGUGGGAGCCGUUUGUCUGUCACCCACCCUCUGCAAGAGGGGCCGUCUCGCCACUGGUUAACGUUGCUUUGCACACAGUAAGCACUCGAUAAAUGUGAGAAAUGAAUAAGUGAAUCACCCAGGAAUGAAGUAAUUCAAACAAUCCACUUUGUGUGAAUAAAGAACGUGCAGUUUAAAGAAC